UUUCGUUCGUUGCCGAGUUAAGUUCACCGCGAUUCCACCUCUGAUCUGCGGAGUAGGCAACGGUUUGUGGCAGUUUGUUUCAAAUUUCCGUGCGGCUGUAGCUGGAGCGCUGUCCAUCAACCUCUCGUUAACUAAAAAAUUCCGAAAAAAGUCAGACUUGUCGCCCAGUAAAAUAUAUAUAGUCAGCCCCACAAAAUCCAAACCGAAGCGGCCAGCAUGCAGACAGUCAUAAAGAACCCCAACUGGUGGCGUCGUCGCACCAAGUUGGAAAGAAGUCUGCUGGUGAUCAGCGGCAUCCUCUUCGUGGCAGCCGCCGCCGGAUUCGGACUGUGGAUAAGCGAUGCCCUGAAGGCGGCCAGUCCGCCGGAGAAUCCGCAGGCCACGGCCCUGCACGGCGACAGCACCACCAUCAACAAGGUGCCCAUGGGCACGGCCUCGAAGGGCAAGGCGGGCGACUCGAGUGAGGUGUGCCUCACCCAGGAGUGCAUCCACACGGCGUCCACGGUGCUGCGGAAGAUGAGGCCCGAGGUGGAGCCGUGCGACAACUUCUACGAGUUCGCCUGCGGCACCUACCUCGAGGAGGAGAACAUCCCCGACGACAAGGUCUCGAUCAGCACCUUCUCGGUGAUCUCCGACAAGCUGCAGGAGCAGCUGAAGGACAUCAUCACCGCGGAGCGACCCGAAUCGGAGCCCAAGCACUUCCGACUGCCCAACCUGCUGUACAAGGCCUGCAUGAACAAGACUCUUAUCGAGACGCUGGGGGCUGAGCCCAUAACUCGAGUGGCUGAGAAGCUGGGCGGCUGGCCGCUGAUCAAGGGAGAUACCUGGAACGCAGACGACAGCUGGACCUGGCAGGAGCAGGUCAAGAAGUUCCGCUCCGCCGGAUUCAGCAUGGACUACAUCAUCGACUUCUCGAUCGGAGUGGAUCUGCAGAACAGCACCAAGCGUCUUAUAGAUUUGGACCAGUCGGCUCUUGCCCUGAGUCGCGAGUACUUGGUGAAGGGCUUCAACGAGACUCUCGUGACAGCCUACUACGAGUAUAUGGUGGACAUAGCCGUGCUCUUCGGGGCCAACAAGGAUCUGGCCAAGACGGAACUGCUGAGCUCGCUGGAGUUCGAGAUUGCCCUGGCCAAUAUCUCGUGGCCAAAUGAGAAGCGUCGCAACUCCUCGGAACUGUACAAUCUGAGGACUCCCGCGCAGCUGCAGGCCGCCUAUCCCUACGUCCAAUGGGUGGACUACAUGAACGCCCUGCUGCCGGAGGGUCUGAGUGUGGCCGAGGACGAGAUGAUCAACCUGUCGGUGCCCAGCUUCUUCGAGGACCUCGGCAAGCUGCUGGCCAAGACGCCGAAGCGCGUGAUCGCCAACUACAUGUUCUGGCGCAUCCACGGGUUCUCGGUGGGAUUCCUGACCGAGGAGUUCCGCAAGCGGCAGCUGCAGUACGCCACCGCCCUCUCCGGUCGCCAGGAGCAGGAGGCCCGCUGGAAGGAGUGCGUGGACAUCGCCACCGGCAGCAUGGAUGAAGUAUCCGAAGAAGAUUUCGAUAGCCUUGGCAUAUCCGUGGGAUCGCUCUACGUCCGCAAGCACUUCCACAAGGACUCGAAGGCCAAUGCCCUGGAGAUGGUCGACGACAUCCGCAGCGUGUUCAACGACAUUCUGGACGAGGUCAACUGGAUGGACGCCAAGACGAAGAAGGAGGCCAAGGAGAAGCUGCACAGCAUGGCCACCCACAUCGGUUAUCCGGACGAGAUGCUCGACAACGAGAAGCUGGCCGCGUACUACGCCAAGCUGGACAUCGACCCCGACAAGUACUUCGAGUCCUUCCUGGGCAUGAACAUCUUCGGCACGGACUACUCCUUCAACAAGCUGCGCCUGCCGGUCAACAAGACGGACUGGGUGCGCCACGCUCGUCCUGCGAUCGUGAACGCCUUCUAUUCCUCCCUGGAAAACAGUAUUCAAUUCCCGGCUGGCAUCCUGCAGGGACACUUCUUCAAUGCCCAGCGUCCCAAGUAUAUGAACUUUGGCGCCAUUGGCUACGUGAUUGGCCACGAGAUCACCCACGGCUUUGACGAUCAGGGUCGCCAGUUCGAUGUGAAGGGCAAUCUGCGGGACUGGUGGCAGCCGGAUACCCAGAAGGCCUAUCUGGCCAAGGCGAAGUGCAUCAUCGAGCAGUAUGGCAACUACACCGAGAGGGCCACGGGCCUGAACUUGAACGGCAUCAACACCCAGGGUGAGAACAUCGCCGAUAACGGUGGCGUCAAGGAGUCGUACAUCGCCUACCGAAGAUGGGUUGAGAAGCACGGACCGGAGCCCAAGCUUCCCGGCCUGGACUACACCCCGGAGCAGAUGUUUUGGCUGGCAGCCGGCCAAACCUGGUGUGCUAAAUACCGUAAAGAAUCUCUCAAGAUGCGUAUUACUACCGGCGUGCACUCACCAUCCGAGUUCCGCGUUCUUGGUUCCCUCAGCAACAUGAAGGACUUUGCCAAGGACUUCCAGUGUCCGGAGGGUUCGCCCAUGAAUCCGGUUCAGAAAUGCGAAGUGUGGUAGGAUCUGUUCCAGCGUAAAUUACGUGCAUGGAAUGCCAGCGAUCAAGCCCGAUUCUAGAAGGGCUAAUCUCAAGUAGAAAUACAAAUACAAUACCAAGCGUAUUUAUGCUAAGAGUGCAUUAUGUAAAAAUCGUAUUUAAUAAAAAAUUUGUUUAUAUGUAAAGAA